GCGGAGGUAGUAUAAAAUCUUUGUUGACCUAUUUAAGCGUCCGGGUGGCGACGCCGCAUGAGAUGGCAAGAGGCUCAUCCACGCUCACCCAGACAUUCGGUGGGUUGGAGUGAGCAGCCAUUUUUCAGGCCACUUCCUAACUUCGGCUGCGCCCUCCAGGUUUCGCAGCCAUGCCCUUCCGAUACUAUUUAACCUUCAUCGAUGAGACGGAGGUGGGUUCAGAUGGAGGUUCUUCCCAGAUCCGGGCAAAGAGCCUGCCGCCUCUGACCGUGUCACAGCAGGAGGAGGAGCAGGAUGUACUCCAGCAGCUUGUGGCAGCGUUGCCGGAGAGGGCUGCGCACUUGCAACCGCUCGCACCGCAGGCUCCUCAAGUGGUGAACGAAGGCAGCCGCGGUCAUCCCGAUAUUUGCCGCCGACCUUGCAUCCGCAUGGCCAGGGGAAAUUGUGAGGCAGGGCGCGCGUGCGGGUUCUGCCACCUGCCCCACACCGCGCCGAAGAUUUAUUUGAACAAGCCGCUGCGGGAAUAUUUAGGCUCUCUGACCGAUUCCGAGCGCCUGGCAGUGCUGCUGCCCCACUUCCAGGAGCGGCUGCCACAUGUGGCUGCCCAGGAGCUUCUGGAGGUCAUGCACCAAGAGGCCAAUGCCAACGGACCUGCCGGGGGGAAGCGUGGCCAGCUAGACCAACAGCUGCGUCGCAUGAACAUGGCCGGGCUGUUCGGCUUUCUGAGAGCCAAUCACUUCAAAGGCACCUCCCGGAUUCCGGCUAUCGCUAUGGAGGUCCUGGAGACCUUGAGGGUCGAAGAGCCGACUGGGGCUUAGUUCGUUCAAGCCGAGCCCAGCUAUUUUGCAAAAUCUGCUGCGAAGCGGCGCGUUCGACGGGGUUUACACCAUUUAUGUUGUUCAAGGAUGGCAGAUGAUACACACAUGCAACGUUCACCAUCAUCCACGAUUGCGAUGGGGAUGGCAUGCCGCCUCUCACACCCACGUGCCACACAUUCGGUCAGAAUGACAAAGAAGACAAACCCCAAGCUCCGGUUCAGACGUGGAUUUGAAUGCACUCGUGGCAUUCGCCUGCACGUAAAAGGUUAUCGGUGCUUGGCGGCGCACGCAAGCAACA